AGGAUUCGCGUGACUUCAAAUCGCUCUCGCGAUACUCUCGUGGAUCUCCUACACAUCCGGAAACAUGGCAGCCGAGCACGGGCGAAAAUGGGACCGUUGUCUUGCUGACACAGCCGUAAAAACAGUGACGGGGAUCAGCGUCGGCAUCGUCUUCUCCGUCCUCUUCUUCAAACGUCGGACGUGGCCCGUGUCAUUCGGGUCGGGCCUGGGCUUGGGAAUGGGAUACAGCAAUUGCCAGCAUGACUUCAGGUCACCGUAUCUGAUUCACGGCCGCGUGGUUAAGGACCAGUAAUGACAGACCCAAGAAAGCGACGAGAAUCCUAUCUGCACUGAUGUCCAACGAUGCCCUCAUUGUGUGUCUUGUAAAACAAUAAAUGUAUAUUUAAUAAAAUCAUUGGCUAAAA